AUACGCGGAGUGAGAAAGAGGAGAGAGAGAAAGAAUGUUAGUUAAUAAUAUUAAGUAAGAAAGAAUCCACCAUAUCCAACUGAGAUAGAUGCAAUGAACAGGUGAAUCUAUAUAUAUACAAUCUUGUCUGAACAAGAAAACCCAAUUAUUGCUCAUCUUACACCAAAUUCCCAAACCCUCAUUCAAUCUAUCCAUCCAUACAGUUGCUUUAAUUUAUAUAAUUUUGUACGUUCUUACCUUUUAAUUUCCAGCAAGUCAACUCAGGACCUGAGUCGAGUGAAUUCAAGCUUAGAUCAGAACUGAUCUUCCAACCAAUUUACAUUUAAUCUCAAACUUCUCUGCUGUUCUUCUAAUUCUUUUCUGCUCCAUGUCUUCUUGAUGAGGUUUAUCUCCGCCCACCGUUGACCCGAUCCUCGCAGGCUGCAAGAAAUCGCCAUGAAAAAGCUGAGCUGAAAUCUUGCCAGCUGUUUUUCUUCCUUUCCGGAUUCAUUCUUCUUUUGAUUCAUCGACGAUGGUGCUGCUGUUUUAGAAUGUAAUCGUAAGUCCAUUUCUUCUUACACAUGGAAAACGGCAAUGAUAUGUCAUCGUCCUUAAGCUUCGCCUCGUCCUCGUAUCUGUCGAAUGGCUCGAGCGUUCACAACGUUGUCCCGGCGCCGCCGGCCGGCGAAGGAGGGGCGAGUCUCGAGUUAUUAAGCUUGAGUAAAUUAAGUUAUUGUCUCGAAAAUUUAGUCGAAAAUGUCGAAUACGAUUAUGCCGAUGCAGAGAUCGUAGUCGAUGGGAUCGCCGUCGGCGUGCACCGCUGCAUCUUGGCAGCGCGAAGCUCAUUUUUCCAUCGGCGAUUUAAGGCCGUGACCGAUGAGAAGUCCGAUGAUGACAGGGGAGGGAAGCCGAGGUUUUUUAUGUCCGAAUUAGUACCUCAGGGGAAGGUAGGAUACGAGGCGACGAUGGUUGUUCUGAAAUAUUUGUACACCGGAAAGGUUAAGUCGUCACCGCCGGAGGUGUCGAGUUGCGUCGACGUGUCGUGUGCGCACGACGCCUGUGGUCCGGCGAUCAACUACGCCGUCGAGAUGAUGUAUGCUUCUCAUGCAUUUCAUGUUAAAGAGCUCGUGACCGUUGUCGAGCGUCGCCUACUCAACUACAUCGGAAAAGCUUUCGCAGAAGACGUCAUUCCGAUCCUCAUGGUGGCGUAUCAUUCGAAAUCGGAACAGCUCCAAUCGGAGUGCGUCGAGAGAAUCGCGCGGUCUGAUCUCGACAGCGUUAUGAUCGAAAAGGAGCUUCCACAGGAGGUUGCCGCGGAGAUCAAAUCGCUUCGCGAUAAGUCGAAACGAGAGGAGGAGGGGAACUCGGCGCAGAUCGUAGACUCCAUGGAGAACAAGAGAAUCCAGAGGAUUCAUCGAGCGCUCGAUUCGGAUGAUAUCGAGCUCGUCGAGUUACUCAUGGCCGAGUCUAACAUCUCGUUGGAUGCUGCUUACGCGCUUCACUACACGGCGGCGUAUUGCAACCCGAAAAUUCUGAACAAAGUGUUGAGCUUGGGGAACGCCGACGUGAACCUCAAGAAUCCGCGGGGCUACACGGUGCUUCACGUCGCUGCGAGGCGAAAGGAUCCGUCGGUGGUGGUCGAGUUACUCGACCAGGGGGCUUCUGUGUCGGUCGCCACACCGGAGGGACAGACGGCGGUCACCAUCUGCCAGAGAUUGACGCGCCUGAAAGAUUUCAAGGCGGUGGCAAAGCACGGCGAGGAGACUAAUAAGGACCGGCUGUGCAUCGAAGUUCUGAUGAGGGAGUUGGGACGGGAUCCGUUGGCGGGGAGCAUGUUGACGUCUUCGACGAUGGCUGCCGAUGAUCUGCACAUGAGGCUUCUAUACCUGGAGAAUCGAGUGGCGAUGGCGCGAUCCUUGUUUCCUCAUGAAGCGAGGGUCGCGAUGCAGAUAGCGCACGCGGACGCGACGCUGGAGUUUUCCGGCCUCGCGGAGUCUAAAGUCUCAUACAGGAAUUUCCGGGAGGUCGAUCUGAACGAGAUUCCGUCGGAGCAAGUGAGAAAGCUGCAGCAGAGGAUGCAAGCACUGCAAAAAACUGUGGACACAGGCCGGCGAUACUUCCCCAACUGCUCGGAAGUUCUGGACCGGCUCCUCGAGGAUGAUAAUCUAGGUAGUCUGCUGUUGGACACCGGCACACCCGAGGAACAGGUGAAGAAGAGGAUGCGGUACAUAGAACUCAAGGAUGAGGUUCUGAGGGCGUUUAGCAAAGACAUGGCCGAAAAUAACUUGGCGGGCAUCUCAUCGUCUUCUUGCUCCUCGUCGUCUGCUAAGGGGCGUGGCGCAAUGCAUAAGGUUAGGAAACGGUGAGCUCCUGCGCAGCAUCGAGCCACUCUAGUUUUUUCAAGUUCUUGUCUCUAUAAUACUCUGCAAUUUUCUUUCGACGAUUUCCUGUGUCACAGUACUAGACAUUAGAAUGGUAUGGUUGUUUUGCUACAACAA